CAGAGAAGAAGUGGACACACAGAAGAAGGGAGAGACUCCAUGGUCAAAUCUGUGGGAUAAGUGGUGAAGAAACAGCCCUUAGAGAUGUACAAUAACCUCUCCCAUAUAAACCAUGGAUUUCAGGAUGAGGAAUCUCGGCCUCUACCGCAGGCACCCUCGUGGGGAUCCGUGGGGGUGUACCCCACUGUACCACAGUAUGCUUUCUCCCAGCCUAUGCCCAUCAACACGCACCACACCGCCACAGCUGGCCACCCUCAUCCCAUAUCAGCCCACAGAGGGACCAGGAAGAGCCGAUGCCCAUGCAUAACAGUGGCACUUAUCGUCGUGUUAAUCAUUCUGGGUGUAGCGGCUGUGCUGGUAUGGUACUUCGUGUUUGAGAAGUGCAUGCUGGGCUUUAUGUGUGGAGAUAGCCGUACGUGUUUGAGCUCUUCCAACUGGUGUGAUGGACACCAUGACUGCCCGGGGGGUGAGGACAAAGCAACCUGCUUUCGCUUGUAUGGAUCUAACUUCCUGCUCCAGAGUUUCUCAAGCAAAGACCAAACAUGGAAGCCUAUGUGCUCCGACAGAUGGGACAACAAUAUUGGGAAGACCAUUUGUGAGCAUAUUGGCUACUCCAGGAAUGACUACAUUAGUUCUGGGGAGAUAAGUAUGGAUUCCAAUGCUGUGGAUGGAUAUGUGAGGCUCAAAUCUGAUUAUUCCAGUUCUGACCAGCCGGUAUAUAAGUAUCUUGUAAACAGUGCAUAUUGCCCAACAAAUGCAACAGUGACCUUGAAAUGUAUAGAUUGUGGGAGAUCUGGAGAUGGAACACGCAUAGUUGGAGGGCAAACAGUGACCACCAGGGGGCGUUGGCCAUGGCAGGUCAGCCUACAUGUGGCUGGGAGCCACCAAUGUGGAGGUUCGAUCAUCACCCCCUCGUGGAUCAUCACUGCUGCACACUGUGUUCAGACGCUUUCGCUGCCGAGUCAGUGGACCGUGUAUGCAGGGUAUCUCACCCUGACCGAGAUGUAUGCGGCCUCGGGCAGCCCAGUGAGCCGGAUCAUCUACCACCCUGGCUUUGACAGCAAAACCAACAACAACGACAUUGCACUGAUGAAACUUUUGACUCCACUAAAAAUGUCGACCAACGUUGGACCGGUAUGCUUGCCGAAUGCUGGUGUCAACUUUGCUGCGCCGAGACAAUGCAGCAUUACUGGAUGGGGAGCAGUUCGCAGUGGAGGUCCUGCAUCAGAGCAGCUGCAGGAAGCCACUGUCUCGCUGAUAGACAGGUCCAUCUGCAACAGCCGUCAAGUUUACAAUGGACACAUCACAGACAACAUGAUCUGUGCAGGCAAACUGGAGGGCGGAGUUGACUCCUGCCAGGGGGACAGCGGGGGGCCUCUGGUCAUCAAGGAGACGUCGCUAUGGUGGCUCAUUGGGGACACAAGCUGGGGUGAGGGUUGUGCUUUCAGAAACAAGCCAGGUGUCUAUGGAAACGUGACAUACUUCCUCAAGUGGAUUUAUGAGCAAAUGCAGAAAUAUUAACUUGAACAGUCUGAGGAACUGGUUGCGGCUCAUUUAGCUUCAUUUCACAACUGAUAGCACUGAAGAACAGUCUGGUGAUGUCACUGAAGAACAGUCUGAUGAUGUCACUGAAGACUCCAUAAAUAUAACACUGCUGUUGCCUAAUCAUUUCACAUACUCAUUUAUUCUUGUGUUCCCGAAUAUCUGAAAUGUUUGUGUUGAAUGAUGAUUGUAAAUGCAAAGUAUUUAUUGUGAAACACAACAGUUUAUUAAUGUAUUUUGUAACUUAAUGAUUUACAUUGUAUUUAAGAUCACAGGUGCUUUCUGAGACAUGUUCAAAAUUGCUGGCCUAUGUGGUCCUGCCUGUAUUACAGUUCAAAUAUACACAUGCUUUAAUUGCACAAUGCAACACCAAAGCCUGGUGUUUGGACAUGAGCUGCAUAUGCACGGGCUCACCAAAUGUAACCUUUGUUUUGUUUUAUCCAUUCCUAGUAUCACUAAACACAGUCAGCUUUUAGUUAUACACACUGUAGGCACGCAUUCGCUGUGGCAUCAUUUCUACAAGCUUCUGCAAUGUCACAACAUUUAUUUCUGGCCAAAGUUGCAUUCAUCCCCCCCCCCCAAAGAUCUUGUAUUGUUGAUGGGGGAUUUGGACCAAAGUCUUCUCCAGCACAUCCCAAAGAUUUUCAAUGGGGUUCAGGUCUGGACUCUGUGGUGGCCAAUC